UUUCGGCUGCUCUCAGCUUGCGUGGCUGUGCGGGGGCGGGAGGGAUGCUGCCUGCCUGCCUUGGCUGGGGGUGCAGCUUUUCCUGCGUGCUGGAGCCGGGGGUGGUGGUGAGGGAUUUGCGUGUGGAAACAAAAAUAAGUGUCUGGGAUGUCUGCCCUGCUCGCAGGCAUCGCUCAUGCCUGUAGGCUUAUGUAGACCUGUCUUGUUGUGGCACUGGAAUAAACCACCUCUGAGCUCUGAUACUGAGUGCAUUGACAUGGAUACUUGGGAAAAAAGUUUAGGAUAAAAAUCUUCCUGAUGCAUUAAACGUGUUGCCCGAUGUAUGGUGUGAGUUAUGGAGCUCAGGAUCCUGACAAUGCCCUUACUUCUGCAUCCUCUGUUCACCAGAUGGGGGGAAUGCCUGUAACUAUGAGUGAUACAGGGGUUUUGUAUGGAAACAGGGGCAAGUUUCCCAUUCUGUGUGUGUUCUGCAUGUGUUAUUUGUCCUGUAGGUUUGGGUCUCUCUGUAAAGAUUGAUGACAGCAAAAGCAGGUCGGGUGGUCCCUGCUCAGAGCUGUGGGGGGGAUGCACAGAUCCAGAGGCUUCCCAGCUGCUCCCACAUGCCCCAGGACAACUCAGAAGUGGGAUUGGGUGCACAGUUCCUUGAGGAAAAGGCCUCCUGGUGCUAGAUUUACUGAGAAGGUGGCUGUGGGUGAGGAGUGGUGGUGCCCGCUGGGGUGCUGUGCAUAAGCCCUGCUGUGUGUCUGUGUGCAAUGAGAAACAUGUUGCUAGCCCCACUGACCCCGGGAAGGGCUCUGUGCUGUCGCUGACCUUGCUGCAGUUCAACGGAUUCAAGUGCUUUUGGGAUAACUCUGAAUAUCUGAAGUCCUGAACCUGAAGUCAGCACGUGGUUUAGUUCCUGCUGUUUCUAACUGCUCCUUCAUCCACCGUAAAUCAGUGUAGGAGCUAGUUAAUCCUGUCCCUUCUGUCUCCUGACAGAGUUAUGGCUUUGCCAAAGCAAGGUGUCACACAGGGCAGGAGAAGAUAAGUUUGCCCCCUACGUCUGAUCAGUGGGGCAUUAAGCACAGGGACAAGACAAAGCAUGAAAAGCAAGUGAGUGAAACUCCUCCUGCGAGCAGAGAGGGAUAUAGUCUGCUUCUGCAGGACUUUGUUUCACUCUUGUAGGGUUAUCUUCAGUGUGGUUUUUGCUUUUCUAGUUGGAGAGCUGUUGGUGGUGUGCAGGGAGCUCUGCCACUCUUACCGCUGCCCUUAGCUUGGUCCAAUAACCUUUAAGGGAUGCAUAUCCUUUGCUUUCCUGCAGUGUAGUCAGUUUUAUGGCAGUGGAGAAAAUAGCAUGGCCCUGUUUAUUGCAGAUUGUGGGUAGGAGUUGCAGAGGUGAGAACUGGCACGGCUGUGAAGCUGCUAAAAAACAGGAUGACUGCUUUACCUGUAUCCAUCAAUCUCUUGUGGAGGGGAAGAGCACCAGACUGCUUCUGACAUGCAGGUAGGCAGGAGCCCCCUGUAGCCGAGUGAGGCAGCAUGGCAACCUGCGCAGAGGCUGUGUGCAGCGGUGUGAUGGGAGCUCAAGGAGGACAGCAGUUGUGAACGGGGACAUGGAGAGAUCCGGCUGGGAUCUCGGGAUGUGCUCGGGAUGUCGCCAGAGCCAGCUAUGAAGGUGGAGCCAGCAGCCAACGCUGGGCAGGAGGAGGACCCCAGGGAUGACAGUGUUCUUGGGGGCCAGGAAUGCCCACUCGGUCCUGAAGCGCUUUCCCCGAGCCAACGGCUUCCUGGAGGAGAUCCGGCAGGGCACCAUCGAGCGGGAGUGCAUUGAGGAGGUCUGCAGCUAUGAGGAGGUCAAGGAAGUGUUUGAGAACAAGGAGAAGACGAUGGAGUUUUGGAAGGGCUACACCAACUAUGUCUACUCUGUCAAGGACCCAGGGCACAAUACGGAGCGCUCAGAAGCUAUGUAUGUGGUGGUGCCCCUCUUGGGGGUGGCUCUUCUGAUCGUCAUCGCCCUCUUCAUCAUCUGGAGAUGCCAGCUUCAAAAGGCCACCCGCCACCGCCCUUCCUAUGCCCAGAGCCGUUACCUGGCCAGCCGGACGGGACGCAGCCUCCCCAGGGUCAUGGUGUACCGGGAGCGGUCGCAGAGCCAAGGGGAAACCCAGUAUCAGCGAGAGGCCAGCAACAGGGCAGCUGGAGAUGGCAGAGCUGGGGGCACCCCUCAGCAAGACAGCACCCUCUGCCCACCAGAGCAUUCGGUCUCUGUCCUCUCCAGACUGUCCAGUGCCACCCCUCCACCUUCCUAUGAGGAGGUGACAGGCAACCCAGAGAGCAGCAGUGGGGAAGAGACCAGCGUCUCCUACAACGACCCACCACCCAAGUAUGAAGAGAUCGUGGCCAGUGCCUCUGCUGCAGGCAAAUAGCGGGGUCUGCCUCUCCCCUGCCUCUUCACGUACUCACAUUCACCCACUCACCUUCCCUUGGCCGGGCCUGGGGCCCCCAUUCAGGUGCCACUUGGCAUUCCAUCUCACCUGUACAAGCUGGUGAAAUCCCAAUAGCCUUACCCUCCUAACCCUAAGUAGUUGUCCACAAGUGGUGAGGCUGGGCUGCGGGGGUGGCUCUGGAACCAGCCAUCUCUUGUGCUUCACUCCCCACUCACGUAAGUGCUGUAGCAGCCAGAGCAGUGCAGCAGCUUGUUCCUGGCUCAACGCAGGGGUCUCCCCAUGGUGCAUUUGAUUUCCUCACUCCCCUCCCUCAAAUAGACAUAACAUUUUUCAUUGAGACAUGAUUGAAACAGCCUCCCUGGGACACUGCUCAGCCUUACCCCCUGGCCUUGCUGGGCCCUGUUUUGCUGCUUGGGGCUCAGAUGAGGAGCUGGGGAUGCAGAAGUGAGUUUCUGUCCAUCCCCACAAGCAGCCUCCACACUCUCCCUGGAGAGAAAGUGCCUCCCUUGUGUGGAUUUGAUGCCAGGUGGGAUUGGGGAGCCCAGUCCAUCCUGUGGUGCCUGUAGCAAUAUUUGCUGUCCAGAGAUGAGGGAGGAGCAGUCAGGGGGUGUUCUCAUCUCCUAGAUCUUCUUGGGAAUGGGGAAAGGCUUGUGAUGGUUCUAUAUGGGAGAUAAGUGGCUUCAGAGUAGCAGCUUCUCUGCUUUCCCACAGUGGGGUACCAGGCAGCUGGAGGUGGAGCUGGCUGUGGUGGAGCUGGCUGGUGGGGUCAUCUCUGGCCUCAAGCCAAAGCUGGUCCCAUGGGGAUGUGCCUCUUUCCUGGAGCGUGGCCUGUCUGGUGUCUGCCCCAGAGGUGGGAUACAGGCACAGGGAGCCUGUGAACAGGCCAGACCUCCUCUUUCCCUAUCCCAGACCUCUCUGUCCUGCCUGGCCCUUCUCUCUAGGGCUCUUUGUUCUCCAGAGCAGGUAAAGGGCAAUGCGAGACUGUAUUCUCUUGGGUCUUGGUGGCUGUGGCCAUGGUGUGGAGGGCCUGCUGACAGAGGCAGCUGCAGGGGUGGGAGCUGGCUGAUCAUGCCGCAGCCCGGUGAUACCCGUGGGUCAGGAGCAGGGCCAAACCCUGGCCAGACAGCUGUGUUAGAGCAGAGCCAGAUGCUUUGCUGUGGGAUCAUUGUCCCCUUUACCUGUGCAGCUGCUUUUGGGGUCCAGGCAAUGGGGCUGGCCUUUCCCAGUCAUGUCUGAUGCGUUAAAAAUGGGGUUGUGCCUAGCAGCCCCCCAGGAAUAGCCCAGAAACUGCCACCACGAGGUGUUCACCCCAGCACCAGCCUCCACCAGCACCGCAAGGCUAUUGUGCAUCCAUCGCCUGCCUGUGCCCCGCUUGGUCCCAGCAAUGCUCUUACAGUCGGUGCCCUCAGACCAGUGCUGAGGCUUGCCCAGCUCCUGGGGCAGCACAUUUGGGGUCUGCAGCUGCUGGCACCGUGUCUGUCCCCUCCCAGGCCUUUCCUCUGCCUUUCAGCCUCAGCAAACCGGGGUUAUGGGAAGACCUGACAGUGAUUGUUGGGGUUGGAGCCUUGAAAAGACCAGGGGGAGACAGCAGGGCACUUUGCAUCCUCUGUCUUCGAUGCUCGGUUGUUAUCCCUGCAGUUUGUAUUCUGUAAAACUUGGUAUAUUUCUGUGCAA